AUGGGAAGGUUCAACGAUCUACCAAAAGGGAUUACAUUUGAAAUUCUAACUCGAUUACCAACGGAAUCUGCUUUGGAGUGUAAAUUGGUUUGCAAAAUUUGGAGAGAUCUUGUUAAUCUUCCAUCCUUCUCUGAAUUGCACUUGAACCAUCUUAAUUCUGCUGAUGAUGAUUCUGGUAAGUUGAAUUUUAUUAUUAUGAGUUCUGAACAAGGGCUUGCUGAAUUUUAUUACACUGAGUAUGAAAAUAAUUGUGAUGGCACACCCUUUAUUAGACAAACAAGGAUGAAUUUAAACCUUCCAUGUAUGGAUUAUUGUUUUUCUGGUUCACAUAGUGGUUUAAUUUGCUUCGACACAUGGGAGGAUGAUAAUUGUAUACCUGCUUAUAUUUGCAAUCCAGUCACCAGAGAAUGUAUUAUGCUUCCAAGAUCUCAAGGAGAUUACUGGUGGACUGGAUUUGGUUACAUUCAUUCAACCAAUGAGUACAAGGUUGUUAGCAUAUAUGAGUCUGAGGGAGAAUCAAAUGUUGGGAUUGUGCAGGUGUACACUGUUGGCAGUGGCACUGGAUGGAGAAAUGAAGGAACGGCGGAUGUCAACAUGGAAUACGUUAGUAAAUUUUCUGGUAGGUUUGUAAGUGGAGCUAUUCAUUGGGAAAACCACCACGCAGGAACCAUUAUUGCUUUCCAUUUGAAUGACGAAAAGUUCAGUGAACUUCCAGCACCACCUUGUUGGACACCAAAUGCCCCACGUUCUAGUAUUUGUUUAAGGGUUUUAGGUGAUUUUCUAUGUUCUAUUUAUUAUCCCACUGACCGUAGUUCUGAAAUAUGGUUAUUUAAGAAGAAUAAAGAUACUUGUAAUGACCUGAGAUGGCGUAAAGAGUUUAGUUUUGAUAGUUAUAUAUGGGGGGCAUUUGGGUUUACGAAGAGCGGUAGGUUAUUGUGCUAUUAG